AUGGCAUCCAACACGGCCGCCUGGAUUACAGCAGCCAAAGCUAGGCCUUUCGAGGUCAAGCUCGCUCCCCUUGGAACGCCAGGAGAGAACCAAAUCCUCGUAAAGAACCACGCUAUUGCCAUCAACCCGAUCGAUGGGAAGCUUCAAGAAACAGCCAUGUAUCCGCUCAACUAUCCGACCAUCCUCGGUCAGGACGUCGCUGGUGAAGUGGUGUCAGUUGGGCCCCAUGUGACACGUUUCAAGAAAGGCGACCGCGUGAUGGGCACCGCCGCGGGCUUUGCCACGAAGCGAGACGAGGAGAAAGCGUUCCAAGCCUACACCAUCCUGCAGACCAACAUGACCAGCCAGAUCCCCGACACCGUCUCAUUUGAAAGCGCUGUCGUGCUUCCUCUGGGCGUGUCAACCGCGGCUUCAGGUCUCUUCAAUCCCGACUUCAUCAACCUCCAGCUGCCGACCGAACCUGCGCAAAAGCCCACCGGAAAGACUUUGCUGGUCUGGGGAGGCUCAUCGAGCGUGGGCAGCAAUGCAAUCCAGCUCGCCGUCGCGGCCGGUUACGAAGUCGUCACGACGGCGUCGCCAAGAAACUUCGAGUACGUGAAGAAGCUCGGAGCAUGCCAUGUGCUUGACUAUAAUAGUCCCACCAUCGUCUCGGACCUUGUUGAUGUCUUCAAAGGCAAGACCACGGUCGGUGCCUUCGACGCCAUUGGAGGUAUCGCCUGGGCACCUACCGUCGAAGUCAUUCAAAAGUCAGAAGGAGCCAAGUUCGUGGCAACUGUGACACGCGGGUUCCCUGACCCUCCCGAAGGAGUCAUAAUGAAGCAGGUGUUUGCCCUUUCCAUUCGGGACAACCAUGUGGGUAAGGCUGUCUUUGAGGACUUUUUGCCCAAAGCGCUUAGGACUGGCACGUUCGUCCCGGCUCCUGAGCCACUGAUUGCAGGUCAAGGACUGGAGAGUGUGCAAGAGGCUGUAGAUCUCCAGCGCAAAGGGACUUCGGCUCAGAAGGUGGUGGUGUUGCUUUAA